AUGCCGAGGGAUAGUGGGAUCGAUUUUGCGGAUUACCCUUACCAGGCUCCUGGGCCCAAUGAUUUGAGGUCUCCUUGUCCUGGCUUGAACGCGCUCGCCAACCACGGUAUUCUGCCGAGAAACGGAAGCAACAUCACGAUUCCUAUGAUACUCCAAGCUGGAAUCGACGGAUAUAAUGUGCAGAACGAUGUUUUGUUGUUGGCUGCGAAAGUUACGUUGCUCGUUAGUACCGAAGUAGAUAACUUCUCGCUCGACGAUCUAGACAUGCACGAAAACGUUGAGCACGACGCUUCCGUCUCCCGCUCUGACUACUAUUUCGGCGAUAACCACUCUUUCAACGCCACUCUCUUCAACCAAACGCUCGCACAGUCCAACCCCGGUGUCGACUACUAUAACGCUACUUCUGCUGGGCUCGUCCAGAAGGCGAGGCUCGAGGAUUCCAUGGCUAGGAAUCCGAAUGUGACUAGCACGAGUAAGGAGUUCCUCAUCAGGACGAGGGAGUCGGCUUUGUACUUGUCCGUCAUGGGUAAUGCGACUACCGGCGUUGCACCGAAGGAAUACGUCAACAUCUUCUUCCGCGAAGAACGCCUCCCCAUCGCCGAGGGCUGGAAACGCUCCGAUGUCCCUAUCACGUCUGCUCUCCUCGAUCCCUGGUCUGCCACCAUCCAGAACCUCUCGGAUUGGCAAGGCCCCACUCAGGAUUACUCGGACAUCGUUAUUUCUCCUGAUGGAGGGCUCCAGACGCUUCUUUUCCCUGGGGAUGGGGAUGGCCAGAAUGGGCUCGCCUAG